GUUGCAGCCUGCAAUUAUAAAUACCUAUUUAAUUUUUUUUUAAAUAGAAAUUUGAAUGACAUUAGAAUUUAGAUAAAUAUAUACGUCAAUGGUUAAUUUACUUUUAUAAUAUUGAAUUAAUCAUUAAAAGUAAUUAAAACUUUAGUAGCAUAAAGAUAACAUAAAUUUGAAUAUUACAAUAAUUGAAUUUUAUUAAAAAAAUAAUAUUUUUUUAACAUGGCAAAUAAAAAUAAGCCAAUAUGCUCUAUCAGCAUCAUCAACAUCAUCAGCAUGUAUGAUUUGUAUUGUUUACAAUUCAAGUCUUAAUUUUCCUUUUGUUUUCAGUUGAUAAAUUUUUUUUUUUGCUCCUUUUGUUUGCGAGAUGUCCCGAGAUAUACCGAAUUCCUGGUAAUCAGUGUGCAGGUAACAUUGAUUGUGUUAGAGUUAUAUGACGUAAAAUUGAUAUAUGUAUACAUUGAUUAAAUACUCAAUGUGCGCACCUUGUAUAUAACAUCUGGUACUCGGAAAAAUUGGAGCGAGUGAGUAUGUGUGUACAUUUGAAAAGGAGAGACAUAUCAAAAAGAGAAAGAUAAAAAAGAGAGAUAAAUAGGAAAGUGAGAUCAAAGAUCCCCCUUUCAAAGUGAGUAAGUAACACAUAGAUAUUCAACACACACAUCCAACAAAGAGCAUAGACAAAAUAUCCUUUCACGUUCAGCCUCUAACAUAACGUCAUCCAGCCCAGACUAAGACUCUGGACGAGGGCAACAGGGGCCACACGGAAGAGGGGCCAAUAUGGCGGAUAACAAGAUACUGACUGAUCUGGACAUAAGGAUAGGUGAAAAAAUUCUUGUAACAGUUGAAUCAUCAUUACCUGAUAUUAUUGUUGUCAGUUUUGUUCAUGGACUCAAGUCUUAUCAAGGCGCCCUACUUGAUGCAACUAAAAGAGGUCUGCCUUGUGGCAUUGAACCACCCGAGCCAGUUUCAGGACCAGAUGCUGAUAAAUUGGCAACAAUAGCAGCACGUUUUAGUUAUUUUCAAGAUAAAAAAAUAUCUUCAAAUGUUAUUAAUAAAAUUGAUAUACAACGUAAAUUAAAUACAAUAACAAAAUGUAAAAAUUCAAGACCAACAGUUAGAUUACGUCCAAGACAAGUACUUUGCAAUAAUUGCAGGUCAAUUUGCAAUGAAAAAAAUGAAAAUGUUGAUGGUAGUAAAAAGAGAAAAUUUGAUGAUAGUACAUUAAUUGUACAUGAACAAGGAGUUAGACGUAGUGAAAGACGUAAUUCACAACAGACUGAAAAAAUUAAUCGUACUAAUGAUGUUGUUAAACGUGAUCUUAAAACAUUAAUUCCCAAGAUUUCACGUUUACGUACUAAUAAAAUUGUUGAUGAAGUUAAUAAUGUUGUAAUUAAUGAUAAAAAAAAAAAUAUAGGCUCAAGUUUAAAUACAAAAACUUCAUGGUUAAGACAAAGAGCUGAAGUAACAGCAAGAAAUAAUUCUGAUAAUAAUUUAUUAAUUAAAAAACAAUGUUCAACUGUAAUUAUUGAGCCAUCUGAAUCAAUAGUGCCACAAGAAACAAAUGAUAUUACAUAUUGUGCAACACCACGACGUUUAUCUAGUUCAUCUGUUGAAAGUGCAAAAAUACCAGAUAAUAAUCAACAUGAUAAUGAUAAUAUUAAUGACAAUGAAAAAACACAAAUGGUUGCUGCAGAUUCAACAGUUAAACAAACAACAACAACAGCAACAGGAGAAGUAGAAGAAAUAGGAAAUAGUGGAGGUAGAAUAUCAAGAAAAAAAAGAUCAGUUGGUUCAAUGGAAGAUUUAUGGGAUGAAACAAUAUUUGAGGAUAAUACAAGAAAUAUACGAACAACACCAAUUAUUAAAAUAUCAUUUGGUAGUCAAGGUGAGGGUACUAUAUUAAAAAUACCAUCUAAAAUAAAAAAUUCAUCUGGUGAAUCAGAGACUGAAAUGGAUAUUGAAAUAAUUGAUAAAAAUGAAAUAGUUAAUGUAGAUAAAAUAAAUGAAGAUGCUUUACAAGAACAACUUGAUCCACAAAAACAAAAUUAUAAUAAAGAUACAACAAGUGCUAAAGCAGCAAAACGUGCAUUAAAACGUGCUAAAAAAGAAGCAAGAAAAAUGUUAAAUAUAAAUAGAAUUGUAUCACCAGGAAGAUCACCACUUGGUUCAUCACCACGUUAUAAUCCAUCAUAUGAUCCAUUAUUAUAUCAUCGUCGUAAACAUAAAGUUAAACACAAGAAAAAACAUAGAGAUGAUAGAAAACAUAAAAAUCAAGAAGAGCAUUUAAAUAUUGAUCAAAAAAAUAUAUCUGAUGUAAAAAAUGAUGAUACCAAAGAAACAACAUCAACAACAACAACAACAAUAUUUAAUAUAAUACCAACAAUACCAGUAGAACGUGGUGAAUCAUAUAUGGCUAUUAAAGAACAAUGUCUUAAAAAAAAAUUAUCAAUAUCAUUAAAACGUUUAAAUACAAAUGCAUAUGCAAGAUGUGAUUAUCCAGUGAGUAAUGGAUCAUCUGAUUGUAAAAGUCCUGAUGAUGUAAGUAGUGAAGAUUUAAGUGAGCUAGAACCUGAAAAUAAUGAUAUUAAUAAAAAUCAAAGUACACCAGAAUUUCCAUCACCAUCAACACAUCCAUUAGCCAUAAGACUUGGAACAACAUCAUCAGUAACUUAUUGUCUUACAGCAAGUGGUCGACGAAUGGACGUUGGUGAUGUUGUCUGGGGUAAAAUACAUGGUUUUCCCUGGUGGCCUGGAAAGGUUUUAAGUAUAUCUCUACCAUGUAAAGAUGACAGUACUCCUCCUGAUGCCCAAGCUCAUGUUGCAUGGUAUGGUUCAUCGACAUGUUCACUUAUGUCGUGUGAUCGUUUAAGUCCAUUUUUAGAAAUGUUCAAGGCACGAUAUAAUAAAAAAAAACGAGGACCAUACAAAGAAGCUAUUAGACAGGCACAAACUGAGGCUCAAAUUCAAACGUCACUUAAUACAACAAAUGAUGUAUUGAAAGUUGAUGGAUCACCAUGUGAGGUCAAUGUUAUUUCUUGAAAUUUAUUUAAUAAUAAUUCAAAACUUGUUCGUCACUGCCGUCAAUUAUCUUGUGCAAAAAUACGACAAGCUGCUUCAAAAUUUUCAUUAUAAAUAUAAAAAAUUUUGCUUAUGUAAAUACGUUAGAAAUUGUGAUGAUUGGAAUUAGUGUUUUUAAAAUUAACAAAUACUUCCAAUAUUUUAAGUCAAUGACUUUAAUCAUUGAUAAAACUUUACCUCGAUUACUCGUUUUUUUAAAUCUAUUUGUUUUUGUUUUUUUACAUUGUUAGCUAUUAUUAUUAUUAUCAUUGUUUAUUGAUUUAAAGAAAGAAAAAAAUUUUAAAAUUAUGCUGCAAGCUAUUUUCAUGAUGUUGAUUUUAUUUUGAUAAUGCCAGUAAUAAUUUUUAUUAUCAGUUAUUUAAACGUUAAUUAUUUACAAGAAAAAAAAAGAUGAAAAAACAAAACAAAAUUAAUAGUAAUCAAAGAGCUUUAUUUUUCCAUGUAAUGGCCAUAAAAAAAAAAAAACAUAAAAUUAUCGUACAAACAUUUUAUUGUUUAUCGAAUAAAUAUAAAUAAAUAAUAGUAAUAUAAAGAAAAAAAAAACUCGAUAUAAGUAUAUCAUAUUUAUUCAAGAUAAUAAUUUCUCUAGUGCUUCGACAAACAUAAUACAGAAUUAAAAAAAAAAAAAAAAUGUUUACUAGUAAUAACUGUGAUGAUUAUUCAAAUGUUUUCUACAAUGUACAUCUUUAUGUAUGUGAGAUGAUCGAUUUUUUUAUAUCGUGUGAUGUAGGUAGAUUUUUCUAGGCUUUAACAUAUCGAAUCUGUUUUAAUUUACACAAAUUAUUAUAGUAAAUUUAUUUCAUUUUCUUAUUGAUAUUUAUAUUAUUUUUUACAAUGUAUUUUGAUUGUUACAACUGGCAAUGACUAUAUUUUAUCAGUAAAAUAAAAAAAAUUCUGUUCGAUUUAAAAAUGCUGCUCAAGAAAUUUUAAUAAAUAAAUAUUUCAUGCAAAACAUUUUUGGAAAAAAUAAAUAGCUUGUCUUCCAUCAAAAUAAAAUAAAUAUAUUUGUCUGAAAAUAAAAAAAAACUAAUUUAUCAGUCAACUCAAUUCACUCAUCAAUAAUAAUUUUCAAUAAAUAAAAAAACAAGAAAUUAAUCAAAGUCCAGAUGAAUUCAUUCAUAUAUAUAUUUUUGUUUUACAAUUAUAUAAAUUAAUUAAAAUUUUCCAUUUACUUUGUUAAAUUAUUAUUUUCUGUAUUCAAUUGUCAAUCCCACUUGUGGUUAAUUAAUCAAUUAAAUAAAAAAAAAAUUAAUGAGAUAUUAAAAUUUAUCGAUGAUUAUAGUACAAAUAUUAUUACACUCAUGUUGAUUGAAUAAUAACUAUAAUAAAAAUGACAUACAAAUAAA